GACAUAUACAUGUCUUCCUUUCCCUUAAGCUCCCCUUUGUAAAUGCCCUCCACUCCCACACAUGUUGUCUCUACGCCUCCAUCUCAGAGGCCAUCUCUCUCACACUGACUCUCCAAUCCUCUUCACCAUGAACACCGACAACAACCCCACUUAACCUCCUAGCUACUCUUCUCUCCACCCAAUAAUCAUUCAUCCCACAUUCAUAAAUAAAUAAAGUCUCACCGGCGAAAAUGGGUCAAGAAAACCUCUCAGCUCAAAAAAGAACCAACAACACCACCACCGCCGUGUUACCCACCACGACGGCGAGAUCACGCGCACUCUCCGGCCUUCCACGCGGCCGCCAACAGAUCACGAAAACCUUCAACAACAUCAAAAUCACCCUCCUCUGCGGCUUCGUCACCAUCCUCGUCCUCCGCGGCACCAUCGGCGUCAACCUCGGCUCCUCCGCCGCCGACGCCGUCAACCAGAACAUCAUCGAAGAAACCAACCGCAUCCUCGCCGAGAUCCGAUCCGACUCCGACCCUUCCGAUCCCGAAACGCUCCUCACCCUCAACGACACCUACGCUCUCGGCCCCAAGAUCCACAACUGGGACGAUGAUCGGAAAUCAUGGCUCCGUCAAAACCCUGAGUACCCCAACUCCAUCAGAGGGAAGCCACGCAUCUUGCUCCUCACCGGUUCUCCGCCCAAACCCUGUGAUAAUCCGAUCGGUGACCAUUAUCUUCUCAAAUCGAUUAAGAACAAAAUCGAUUACUGCAGAUUGCACGGAAUCGAAAUCGUUUACAAUAUGGCUCAUCUGGACAUGGAGCUUGCAGGUUAUUGGGCGAAAUUGCCCAUGAUUCGGAGGUUGAUGCUUUCACACCCUGAGGUGGAGUGGAUUUGGUGGAUGGACAGUGAUGCGUUCUUCACCGAUAUGGUGUUUGAGAUUCCGUUAUCCAAGUACAAUGAUUAUAAUAUGGUGAUUCAUGGUUACCCUGAUUUGAUGUUUGAGCAGAAAUCAUGGAUCGCGAUUAAUACCGGGAGUUUUCUGUUUCGGAAUUGCCAGUGGUCGUUGGAUUUGCUCGAUGAUUGGGCGCCGAUGGGGCCGAAAGGACCGAUCCGUGAGGAGGCAGGGAAGAUCCUCACGGCGAAUCUCAAGGGGAGGCCGGCUUUCGAGGCGGAUGAUCAAUCUGCAUUGAUAUAUCUCCUGUUGUCGAAGAAAGAAAAAUGGAUGGAUAAGGUUUUCCUGGAGAAUUCAUACUAUUUGCACGGUUAUUGGGCCGGGUUGGUCGAUCGGUACGAGGAGAUGUUGGAGAAGUAUCACCCGGGGUUAGGCGACGAGAGGUGGCCGUUCGUGACGCAUUUUGUCGGGUGCAAGCCUUGUGGGAGCUACGGGGAUUACCCUGUGGAGAGGUGCUUGAGUAGCAUGGAGAGGGCUUUCAAUUUCGCCGAUAAUCAGGUGCUGAAGUUGUAUGGGUUCCGGCACCGUGGGUUGUUGAGCCCCAAGAUCAAGAGGAUCAGGAAUGAGACAGUUACUCCUCUGGAGUUUGUGGAUCAGUUUGAUAUACGAAGGCAACACGCGGGAAGAAGUAGUAGUGAAUCAAGAAGCUAGUGAAGUGGCUUGUUGUGAGUGAUGAUGGUGAUGAAGAUACAUGUUUGAUUGAUGAUGUUGCAGGGCAAUAACUACAACUGGAAUUUGAUUUGGAUACAUUUACAUACAGUUCAUGUGUAAUUUUCUUUUACCUUUGUUCUGUUGUCUUGUUAAGUCUGUUGAGAAGGUUAUAGGAUAUAGGAUUAAAAUUCUUUCAUACAAGUUAUCUUCUUUAAGCCAUGCUUUGAGUUAUUGCUAAGCAAGGUUUUAUUUGCUGAUUGAGGAUUCCUUGUGUUUUUCCUCUUAUUGGGCAUGAAUUGCUGAUUUGCUGAUCUUAUUGGGGCACUAUUGAAAUGUUUAUGGUACCAACAGAAUGCAAAGGAAACAAAAGAAAUGAUCUUUCAA